CGCGCGCAUUCUUGACGUGGUGUGUCUAAGCUGCCCGAUGUUGUUGUUUUAUCACGAUUAUCUAUGAAAGUACGCAUCGGACACUGGUGACAUUUAUGGCUCCGGCAGACACGAUGCCCGCGCUACUGGGGACCGGCGACCCGUCGGCCCCGACCGCCUCGCUCGACGCUAACUUUUCGCUCGGCGACUGCGCCGACUGUCAGCUGUGCGGGUUUGCCGAGUCGUGCAACACGCACCUGUACUCCGAGGACAUGUGGAAGAAGUUUGAGCUGUUGCCGACACCGCCGCUGUCGCCAAUGCACGGCUCAGACGACGAAGCCCCGGACCUUGUGAAGCCCUUUGACGACCUGACAACCAUCGACGACUUGAUAGCUACGUUCGAGGAUUCUGUGAAACCGUGCACGGGACUUGACAGCAGCUUCCUUCGCUCGCCGCUCAUUCAGGACUGCAUGUGGUCAGUCGGCUACUCGAUCGAGGACCUUGUCGCAAAACCCGCACGAAAAACAAACUCAAAGUCGACUUUGUAUCGCAACGGCGACGGGGCGACCCGGACGAUAUCGACGUGUGACGACGACUACACAAACUCUGUCGCCUUGCCUGUGGCGGCGACGGCGGCGUCCGAGAAACAAGAGUACAGCUCCACCGAGUGCGUAGACCCGGCGCAGGUUUUCCCCUACCCGUACAACUCCGAUCACAGUUACAGUUGCCGGAGUAGCAGUAGUGGCAGCUGUACGAAUCCCAGCAGCCCGAGCAGUACCACCGGAUCGGACAGACGGAAGGCGGUACCGCCCGGCGUGCAGACACCCAGUGACAGUGAGGAGGAGAUCGACGUGGUGACGGUGGAGAGGAAGGCGGCGGCGGCCGUCGCGCGGACGAAGACGCUGCCGCGGUCUGUGCAGCGACAGCAGGCGCACGCGUGCAAGCUAAAGGAACAGCUGCUGCAGGUCGCUCAGAUGGCCAAGCAGCACAAUACGACGCUGAAAAUAGGCGGCGCCACCGUGCGCUCGUCCCCGCAGAAGCGCGGCCGCGACGCGUUCUCCGACGCGACGGCGGCGAAGCGGAUGCGGGCGGCAGCGACGGUGAUGCUGACGCCCCCUGGCAGCCGCGGCGGCUCGCGGCCGUCCUCACGCUCGUGUUCGGACAGCGAGGAGGGCGGCGGCAGCGGCAGCGACGGCCGCAUGAAGGCGAGCCACAACGACCUGGAGCGGAGGCGGCGCAACGAGCUCAAGUGCAGCUUCUACUCGCUGCGCGACUGCGUGCCCGAACUCUGCCGGCAGGAGCGCACGCCUAAGGUCGCCAUACUGAAGAAGGCGACGGAGUUUGCGCGCGAGCUGACGGCCGAGGCGGAGCGGCUCGCCGCCGAACGCGACCGCCAGGUGGCGUGCCGCGACGCGCUGCGGCGGCGCCUCGCCACGCUGCAGAAGCGCCAUUUCGUCGAGAUCGGCGUCGAGAUCGGCGUCUAGAUGGCGCCAUAUAUCUCUCCCGGUGAUGGGCUGCGGACGAUGGAACGGGCGAACAGUUUGCGGCGCUUUGCAGCGCGUGCUAAUGUAGCAUCGUGUCUGUGAGGGGGCGCUAGUGUAGCAUUUCGUCUGACUGGUAGCGUCGAAUGUGUAAGGGGUGCUGGUGUAGCGGCACGUGUGUGUAGGGUGCGCUAGUGUAGCAUCACGUCUGUGAGGGCGCGCUAGUGUAGCCCCGCGUGUGUGUUUGUGGGGGGGGGGGUGCUGGUGCAGCCGCAGCCGCGUUAGGUUCAUUAGCCCGUGUAAUCACUUGACGUAUCCGAGUUCUUUCCAAGCAGUUACUGUUACCCGUGACGCCAGACAACUACGUUGACAAAAGUUGCAUACAUCUAGCUACCUCUCUUGUUUCUAUAUAUAUAUAGUUGCGGUAUACUUGUUGUAUAACAUAUACGAGGUCCACGGCCAUCCUGACAUACCUUAACCUUUAGCUGUCUAGGUUUUUGUUAUUGAUUGUAAUCUUGAGCGCGAUUUAUGUGGACAUAUAUAUAUAUAUAUAUAUCGCCGCGUGUGUCC